UGGUUGCUUGUGGGAAUUCUAACCUAUUCUAACCUUUUGUAAAUUUCAGUCCAUGUGAGUCUAUCUGUAGCACGUGUUGAAGAUUUUGAAUUUAAAACAGCUUAUUUUAAAAAUGUCGACCAGAUAUACCACUGUAUAUUAUGAUAAAAUACUUUUAUCAUUAGUGGAACAGAAUCCAUGCAUUUACGACAAAAACAUUCAAUGCAGUUAUUCGCAAGAGAGUAUUGAUAAUCUGUGGACAGAACUAGCAUUGUUUAUCGAAAAAAACAAUAUUCCGAUUAAAGAUCCAAAGAAUCGUUGGACACGACUUCGACAAAAUUUCAUUCGGCAUUUUAAUAAAAACAAUCGAAGCUGGUACUUGUUUGAUUCCAUGAAAUUUCUUAUUGGUCAUUUUAAAGCUUCUCAGACUUCAGAGACUUCAUGCAACAUUCCGCAAUCAAAGAUGGUGAGCCAAUUAGUUGAACAGAAUAAGAAGAAAUUUCUUCAAUCUUCCUCAACAACUGCAAGAAAGCGUUCAUUUCGAGACGCAGACUUCGACGGUGAAUUUCCAAGUACCUCUAAAGUACAAAACACUACUCCUACUUCUCCUAAUAACAUUGUACAGGUUGAAAGUUCACAAUCUUCUGACAACAAUAGUAACAAUUUAUAUUUAAAUGAGAAUUUAGAUUUUUCAUCUCUCGAUAUCGCAAGUGAAAUAUCUUAUUCAUCAAUGCCUUUGAAUUCAGAUUCAGAAGAUUCAUGGAUGACUGAUCAUGGUCAUGAUUAUAAUUUUAGUUCAUCGACUAAAUGUGGAAAUUUCCCAGUUCAACGUAGUGUUGAAAACUUCUUUCCACAAGAUAGUUCAAAAUCAGUAGAAUCAUCAAACUCAUUUAAGAAUCAAAAUAUUUUUGUAAAAGAUUCUCCACUACGGCCAAUCGUUGAAAACAAUCAUAUUAAUUUUGCUCAGAUUCCUCUUGAGAACGAUAUCAAUAAAAAUUCAAAACUUUGCAAUCCUUUCAUAAGGAAUCCCGCAAAAGGAGUAAAUAUACUUCCUCGCGUAUCACAAAUUGUAACAAACCCUGCUUCAAAUCAAAACAAUCCCAUUACACCGCCAUUGGAUGCUUUUGCAAAAAAAAAAGACUUCAAAAUUCUAGCAUCAAUAGAAUUGAAGAUGCCGUUAUCAAGUCAGCAGAAGAUUUUCAUAUCAUGACAGAUCAGAUUAGUAAUGUUAUGAAACUGAAAGCAGAUUUCCUGAAAAUGCAAAUGAAACCGAAACCAUCUAACUGUAAUGUUCGUGAAGUACAAUUGAUAGAGGGAGAUACAGUUUUUAAUCUUUUCAAAGUGAAAUGGAUGGAACUUACUUUUCAGCAAAAAGAUAACAUAUUUGCAGAUGUUUUACAAAUUAUUGAGGACCACUCUACUGUUUAGUAUUUUUUUAUGUCUUGAACAUUAAUGCGACUUUUUUUUAAUAAGUGUUUCAUUACUUGUUAUUGUUUGAUUUCAAAAAUCUACAAUAUUUUCGAAAGGGUAUGCAUGAUAAUUAUCCUUUGUUUUUUAUUUUGUUUAUAUGCACAGUAUUUUAGAAAACUUAGGGCCAGCUUCACCAACUCCGAUUAAAAGUUAAUUAAUUAUUAAUGUCAUUUUAACCGCUUAUGAUUGGUUGGUUAAAUAUUUAAUCAUUGAUUAACUUUUAAUCGGGGUUUGGUGAAACUGACCCUUAAACUGUUUGUUUUAAGUGCUGACCAAAAACAUUUCCACUUUUUAAUACGAAUUAAGGUUCGAAAGUUUAAAAGUAUUAUUUGUGUUCUAAUAUUUAUUUAUCAGUAAUUCCCAUGUGAAAAAUUGUCUGAGGAAAUGAACAAUAUGAAAUAGACAUGAAUGUUAUAUUAUAUUUUCCGAUUUUGUAACUGUUGUAAUAUGUACUGUCAUAUUAAUAUAAAAUUUAAUUCGAGAUAAGGAUAUCAUUAGAAAAAAGUGAUACAUAAUAUUAUAGUAUACGAGAACAUGGCUGUUAUUAAACAAUAUUUAAUUAUUAAUAAUUUCUAAACUAAAAGUUAACUAAGAAAAUAAAUAAUAUAAUAUAGACAAGUACACCUGUACAUGUUUAUAUAUUAUAUCUCUCGAUUAUGUUACUAAAAUAUUACGUUCUGUUAUAUUACUAUAAAAUUUUAUUUGAGAUGAGAAUGACAAAUGAUAUGGUUCACGAGGACAUGUCUGUCAUUAAAUAAUAUUCAAUUAUUAAUACUUUCUAAGUUAAGAACUGUUUGAAAAAAUAAAUAAUAUAAGAUAGAAAGUGAUACAUAUUAAUA